CGACGCGAUAGUUGUUGAGCACGUUAAAUGCAACCCUCACAACUUUCAAAAGAUAAAAACUUUGUCUUAUUUUCUCUUUUUUUUUUUUCUACUGCUCCUUCUGAACAAGCCAGCUUCAAUGGAGCAACUGUACUGUGCAGUGAGGGAAGAUGAAGAGAAAGAAGAACAACAACUGCAAGAAGGUGCAGCUUUGAAAGGAAGACAAUCCCUGCAACAGGGAAAAGAUGGUAGUAUUACCAAUGCUGAAGCACCUUCCUUUUUUUCUUCAGUGGGAGAACACUCUUUUCCUCAGAAGGAGGAAGUGCUUCAUACCCACAAAGAACACACAGAACAACCUGUUCAAAAGGUUGAAGAAACAAACAAUGUUGUUGCAGAAAAUGGCAGUAACUUCAACGGUGAUAGUGAAAAAGGUGGGAUCGGAAUCAUAGCUGAGAUUGUAGAAAAUGUCAUAAAUGGAGAGGCUUUAAGCAGUGCUACCAUAAAUGCUGAUGCAUCACACCAUAAGAAUAGUGUUUAUUUGGACCAACAACAAGGAAUGUGGAAAUGUCACCACUGCUCAUGGACCAAGCAAUUUGACAGUCCUUGGAAUUUGCGGCGUGGGAAUCUUAAUGGCUACUCUGACUUGCUCAUGAAUGUUAAAACUAUGAUUCAACAUGGACCAUGUAUUGUGUGUGAAACUAAAGGUCAGUAGGUGCCGAGAUUUCUAAGGCACAUAUUAGCAGUUAGAUCUGAUCCAUGUUGCUUCACAGUCUUCCAAAUUCCAAUGGUAUGGACCUCCUUAUU